GAGCCACAUGGAGGCAUGGGAGUAGCUUAUGGUUACAGGUCAGCGAAUUUGGAUCCUGAAAUCAUGAGCCAGUGCCCCUUUGCGGGGAAGAAUUACCUAUUUAAUUUUAACAAGCUAUCUUUGGAAGAUGAAAAUGAUGACAAAUCUCAAGAAGGAAUAAAUAAAGCCAGCAAAGGUGGGCUUAUCUAUGGAGAAUACCUGCAACUGAACAAAAUACUGAAUGCUCAAGAACUUGAGAGUGAGAAGAAUGGGAAAAAAAUCCAUGAUGAGCAUCUCUUCAUUGUGACACAUCAAGCAUAUGAACUUUGGUUUAAGCAGAUUUUGUGGGAAAUGGACUCUGUGCGAGUGAUCUUUCAAAAUGGUCACGUAAGAGAUGAGAGGAACAUGCUAAAGGUUAUUACUCGAAUGAACAGAAUUUCACUGAUUCUGAAAUUACUUGUGGAACAGUUCUCAGUUUUGGAAACUAUGACUGCAUUGGACUUCUUUGACUUCAGAUACCACCUAAGCCCAGCCUCGGGUUUUCAGAGCCUGCAGUUUCGCUUGCUAGAGAACAAGAUUGGUGUUCCCCAAAGUCUGAGAGUCCCUUAUAACAGAAGGCAUUACCGUGAUAACUUCAAGGGACAGGAUCAUGAACUACUGCUUCAAUCAGAGCAAGAACCAACACUACUGCAACUUGUGGAGGCAUGGCUGGAAAGAACUCCGGGACUUGAUGCAGAAGAAUUUGAUUUCUGGGGACAAUUUGAAGAGAAUGUUUUAAAAGGCCUAGAAGAGGAAUUUGCCUUGAUACAGGCGAAAGCAGAAUCAGAAGAAAAAGAUGACUUAUUGUCUGAAUUUCAAAAACAGAGAGAUGUAUUACUUUCAUUAUUUGAUGAAAAACGCCAUGAACAUCUGCUCAGUAAAGGAGAGAGACGACUGUCCUACAAAGCAUUGAAGGGGGCCUUGAUGAUCUACUUCUACAGGGAGGAGCCUCGUUUCCAGGUUCCCUUUCAGCUUCUUACCUCUCUUAUGGAUCUCGAUGUGCUCAUGACUAAAUGGAGAUACAACCAUGUCUGUUUGGUGCACAGAAUGAUUGGCAGCAAGGCUGGCACUGGAGGCUCAUCAGGCUACCACUACUUGCGCUCAACAGUGAGUGACAGAUACAAGGUGUUUGUGGAUUUGUUCAAUCUUUCAACAUUUCUAGUGCCAAGACACUGGAUACCAAAGAUGAACCCAAGCAUUCAUAAAUUCCUUUACACAGCAGAAUACUGUGAUAGUUCCUACUUCAGCAGUGAUGACUCUGACUAGCCUGCCUUUCUAGGCUGGUUGCUUUAAAGAACUUCCUCACUUUCAUCUUGAGUGGUGCCCCUAAGCCAUUCCCACAAUGUGUGUGGGUAUGUAAAUAUGUAUUUAUGUAUGACAGCUUUGUGAAUAGUAAAAUUGGCUUGUGAAAGAAAUUAAUUGCUUGU